GACCUUAGAUAAAGUCAAAUCAGACUAUUCUCUUUCCUUCUAGGAAAGAAAAAAAAAAUCACUGUCUCUUGUCUUUUUAUCCAUGUAUAUCAAAACGUUUUGUAAGUUUUUCUGUUUCUCCAAGUUUGAAUGUUUCCCCGUGCAUUGAAUUCUGAGAAGAUAUCUAAAUAGAUCUAUAAUCAGAACAGCUCACAAUGACUUCUCAGAAAAAUGGAAAAACCAUGGAAGUUUAUUCCAUUUCAUCGGAGACGACCAUGAAAAAAGAGGAAGAAGUCCGGAAGAAAUUGUGGCACAUUGACAAAGAAAUGGUUCGCUUUAAAUUGCAUUAUUUCCUAUUCAUGGGAGGAUUAAGUAUGGUUUUACCUUACAUAUCCGUAUUUGCGAGGAACAGAAUUGGACUAUCUGCUUCUUCUUUAGCUGCUGUAUUGAUGGUAGAGCAAUUCAUGUUUGUGGUGAGCAAACCUAUCCUGGGGUAUUUGGCUGAUUAUUUCAACAAACUCAAGGCUAUCAUCUGUGCUUUAACAAUCGGUCAGACAAUAUUCUUUUUUCUUCUGUUAACUAUACCCAAAAUUGACAAAAGCACAGACAGCUUAACUAAUCACAGCUCAUUUGUAUUUCCAUUAGAACACUUCAAUUUUUCUGAUCUGACUUCAAAUAAAAUGUUUAAUCAUCAAACAAAUAGUAUCUCCGAAGAAGAUAUCAACUACAAAGGUUUAUCGAGUUUAAUUUCUGUUGACUAUUUAUCAAAGUCUCUUAAUGAAUGCAUGAUAUAUACUAGUGAAAUAACAUCCAAUAAAAAUAAAUGGCAACAUUUUGAAAUGAACUCUACAAAUACUUCACUGACUUUCGUGGUCGAUCAAAGUAAUGUUCUUGAUUUGCAAAUAAACUCAUCAACUUCUUUAUCAUCUUCUUUUUGUAGAAUUUAUUGGAAUUCUGAAGGAUAUUGCUACCUCGUCCCCUGUGAAGCAAUUAAAAAUCAUUCGGCAGAAUCUUCUGAAUCAAUGAAUACAAACGAUUUUUUGACUUCUCAGUUCUGGCUCUUUGCAUUGUUUACUACAACAGCUAUGACGUGUACUAGCGCCCUGUUUACGCUCUCAGACACCGCAUGCUGCGAAAGCGUACAAAAAUCUGGUGCAGAAUUUGGCCGUCAACGAUUAUGGGGCGCAAUAAGUUGGGGAAUCAUAUGUCCCAUUGGUGGUUUUAUCAAUGACAUUACUGAUGAUUAUUUAGUUUCUUGGAUUUUGAUGGCGUUUUUUUCCGCUCUGGCUAUUUGGAAUAUUCAGAAGUUGGACAUGGUGAAGCCACAUUUCUCACAGGACAUUUUAAAAGAUGUUGGAUCAGUUCUAAAGUCUAAAGAAUUCCUCUCUUUCGAAACAAGCGUUUUGUUGAAUGGAAUGGCCACGGGCUUCGUGUGGUUCUAUCUGAUGUGGUUUUUGUCAGCAAUUGGUGGCAGCCGUUUUCUUCUUGGUGUGACACAAGCGGUGCAAUGUUUUUUGGGCGAAAUUCCUUGCAUGUUCUUCUCGGGAUGGAUGAUAGAUAAAAUGGGACAUUUCAACAUCAUGACUGCAUCUCUUCUGUCCUAUGCUAUCAGAUUCCUGUGGUACAGUCUCUUGCAGAAUCCCUGGUUUGUACUACCUGUUGAAUGCCUUCAUGGCAUCACAUAUGGAGUGUACUAUACAGCAGUUGCUUCAUAUGCCAAAAAGAGUGCUAAGCCUGGAACAGAAGCAACUACUCAGUCUUUAUUAUUCACAACUCACGAAGGAAUUGGUGCUGGAAUUGGGUGCGUGCUGGCUGGAAUCGGUUUCGACAUUUUGGGUGGUCACAAAACUUUUCUUUGGGUGAGCAUCUUUUCCGGGUGUGGAACUGCGUUAAGCCUCAUCUUGCAUUUAUGCAUUCGAUGCAAGAAGGGAAGCAUCGUCGUGACUCCACCAGCUGAUGCAUAAUCCUGUUCUUUAUAUUUGUAUUUACCUUCUUUCUUAAGGGAGAAGAAAAGCAUAUCUGCAUUAAUUUAAACUGAAGCACCGACUGAGUACUUCACCAUGAAGUUACAGUUUGCUGUAUAAUCUUGACAUAUUGCAUUCAAAGUUAUCUGUACACAAAAAUGAUGCUGGGAAAGAAGAAAAUAACGGGUAUAUUUGUAAAAUAAUA